AUGAAUCAAUAAUAUCUGCAAGUUCCUAUGUCCUAAAGUAGAUAAUCAAUGACUUACGAAAAGUAUUAAUCUACUUCAGGAAUAGUUGCAAGCACUGAUAAGUAAAUUAAAAUGUUUAAUUUAGACGUAUUGCUGACAACAAUUAGAGCGGAAGAAAAAGUACCCUUUUCGAAGAUAAGUAUCAAAUUAUUGAAUAUGUAGACGAUAUGAGGAAUUACUUCAAGAUAAUAGAAAAUUGAAAGAGGUGAUUGAGCAAUUGGAUAAGGAUAAUUAGUAAUUAAAGUAGAUGUCAGGGGAGAGCUAUAACCUAAAAUAGAAAUAUAUGAUUGCAUAAGCAGAAUUGGAGGCUGCAUAACAGGAGUUAGCCAAAUUGAGAUCUCAACUCUUGAUGAGAAAUUCAUAAGAUGCAGAAUAAUCGACUCUUGUGACUAGAUACAAAUAAGAUGUAUCUACAUUGACUCAGCAACAGAUAUAAUACUAGUAAGGUAAAAUCUUAUUAAUUUUGAAGAAAUAUCUCAAUUAAAUGCUUUGCUAGAAUAAUAAAGGAAACAAGUAGAAGAAUUCUUAAGAUUAAAAAGUAAAUAUGAGUAGGAUAUCCAGACCUAUAGAAGUAGGUCUUAGAAUUUAGAGAUAGAAAUUAGGCAAGUGAAAGAGUAAAGGAACUCGACAACUUAAAAUGAAAUAGUAAGAUUGACUUAGGAAAUUGCAAGGUAUCAAUCUGAGGUUUAGGUUCAAUCAUCAGAUAAAGAAUUAUAUUAAAGAACAAUAUAGACUUUAAAUGAUAAAAUUAAGGAGAUGGAUAAUGACAUUUAGAUAUUGAUAGAAGCGCAUAAUUAGAAUCAAUAUAAAUUGGAAUCUGCCAUGGCUGAAUCGAAGAGUAAUAUGUAGUAUCAGAUCGAUUAAUUAAAAUAAGAAAUGACAUUUUAUCAAACUUAAUGUAGACAGUGGUAAGAAAAAUGUUAAACUGCUGAAAUGCAAAAGGAAGAAAGUGAAAGGAGAAUUAUUCAGAUGGAAAUUAGAAUAAAUGAAACUAAAAAAUAAAUUGAGUAAUAAUAGAAUGAUAAGGUGUAAAGAGAAAGUUAUCAAAUUCAUGCAAUUUAAAAUGAAUUAGAGAGUUGGAAAUAAAAAUAUGUAACCUUAGAAAUUAAGAUGAAGGAUUAUGACAAUUAUAGAUUGAAAAUAAUUCAAUUGGAAGAAUAAUCAAAUUUUUAUAAAACUGAAAAUGAUUAAAUGAAGGAGGAAUUAGAAAUCUUGAUUGCUGAAAUUAAAUAAUUAUAAGAAUAAAAUAAUGGAUAUCGCUUAAGUAUUACUUAAUUGGAAAGUCAAACAAGAAAUAGUGUAGAAAAUGAUAGACAUAAGUUAUAAAUUAGAAACUUAGAAAAUACUGUAAAUCAAUUGAAUCAAUAGAUAAAUGCAUAUAAAAUAGAAACCAAAGAACUUGAACAAUAGGUGAUUUAUCAUUAGAACAAGAAUACCCAUGUUGAUUAUUAGGUUAGAGAGAAAGAUGAAACAAUUUCAAAGCUUCAAUACAAAUUAAAUAAUAUGGAAAAAGAACUUAGGGUUAUCUUUGAGGAAUAGUUAAAAAUAGAGAAAUAAGAUUGGGAUAGAUAAAAGUAAUAAUACAUAGAUGAUCAAUUACAAAAGAUAACAAAGAAAUAUGAAUCUGAAAUCUCUACUUUGAGGUAACAUUUUUCCUCUUUAGAAAUAGAGAAUUAAACUAUAACAAAAUAAUAUGAAAGAUUUAAAAAAGAAGGAGAUUUGAGUUUUUAAAGAUAAUCAGAAAAAGAAAAAAGUAGAAUUAUUGAACUUGAAAGAUAAAUUUUAUAAUUAGAGAAUUAAUAAUCUUUAUAGAAGAAAGAAUUUUCGUUGAAAAUCGAGGAAGCCAAUUAAUAAUCCAACCUCAAGGAGUAUUAUGAGGCUUAACUUAAGUAGAUUAAUGAGAAAUUACAAAGAGAAUAAAACUAAGUUAAAUAAUUGAAUGAUCAAUUGUUAAUCGAAUAAAAAAAGAAUAUAGAUUUAGAAACCAAAUAUUCUCGAGAAAUAAGAGAUAUUAAAUUAUAAUAAGAAAAAAGAAUUGAAAUUCAAUCAAAUACAUAAUUUUCAUUAGAAUGGGAAAAUCAUCAAAAAGACAUGGAAAGGUUGAGAAGAGAAUAUCGAUUGAUUGAAUAAGAAUAUUAAGAGAUGGAAGUUCAAGUGAAAUUAUGGAAAGAAAAGUUUUAUGAUGAAUAACAAAAGCAUUAAGACAUAAGGCAACAAUUAAUUGAAAUAAGAUCUUAAUACGAAUCUCAUACAAUUGUCAAUACACAAUCAGAUUAUGAUAAAUAAAGAAUUCAAGAGCUUGAGAUGGAAAUAAUUUAAUUAUCAGAAUAGAUAAGAUUAUUUUCAAUUAGGGAAGAAAAAUAUAAAGAAUAAAUUACAACUUACUCCAUGACAGUAGAAAAACAGAAAUCUAAUUUUGAUGAUUUGAAGAGAAUUAAAUAAUUGGAGUAUGAAAUUGAAUCUUUAAAGAUUUAAAAUAGAGAUUUAGAAAGAUAAUUCCAGGAUAAAUCAAUUGAGUAUGAAAAAUUGCUUAAAAAAAAAUNUGAUUAAAUGAAGGAGGAAUUAGAAAUCUUGAUUGCUGAAAUUAAAUAAUUAUAAGAAUAAAAUAAUGGAUAUCGCUUAAGUAUUACUUAAUUGGAAAGUCAAACAAGAAAUAGUGUAGAAAAUGAUAGACAUAAGUUAUAAAUUAGAAACUUAGAAAAUACUGUAAAUCAAUUGAAUCAAUAGAUAAAUGCAUAUAAAAUAGAAACCAAAGAACUUGAACAAUAGGUGAUUUAUCAUUAGAACAAGAAUACCCAUGUUGAUUAUUAGGUUAGAGAGAAAGAUGAAACAAUUUCAAAGCUUCAAUACAAAUUAAAUAAUAUGGAAAAAGAACUUAGGGUUAUCUUUGAGGAAUAGUUAAAAAUAGAGAAAUAAGAUUGGGAUAGAUAAAAGUAAUAAUACAUAGAUGAUCAAUUACAAAAGAUAACAAAGAAAUAUGAAUCUGAAAUCUCUACUUUGAGGUAACAUUUUUCCUCUUUAGAAAUAGAGAAUUAAACUAUAACAAAAUAAUAUGAAAGAUUUAAAAAAGAAGGAGAUUUGAGUUUUUAAAGAUAAUCAGAAAAAGAAAAAAGUAGAAUUAUUGAACUUGAAAGAUAAAUUUUAUAAUUAGAGAAUUAAUAAUCUUUAUAGAAGAAAGAAUUUUCGUUGAAAAUCGAGGAAGCCAAUUAAUAAUCCAACCUCAAGGAGUAUUAUGAGGCUUAACUUAAGUAGAUUAAUGAGAAAUUACAAAGAGAAUAAAACUAAGUUAAAUAAUUGAAUGAUCAAUUGUUAAUCGAAUAAAAAAAGAAUAUAGAUUUAGAAACCAAAUAUUCUCGAGAAAUAAGAGAUAUUAAAUUAUAAUAAGAAAAAAGAAUUGAAAUUCAAUCAAAUACAUAAUUUUCAUUAGAAUGGGAAAAUCAUCAAAAAGACAUGGAAAGGUUGAGAAGAGAAUAUCGAUUGAUUGAAUAAGAAUAUUAAGAGAUGGAAGUUCAAGUGAAAUUAUGGAAAGAAAAGUUUUAUGAUGAAUAACAAAAGCAUUAAGACAUAAGGCAACAAUUAAUUGAAAUAAGAUCUUAAUACGAAUCUCAUACAAUUGUCAAUACACAAUCAGAUUAUGAUAAAUAAAGAAUUCAAGAGCUUGAGAUGGAAAUAAUUUAAUUAUCAGAAUAGAUAAGAUUAUUUUCAAUUAGGGAAGAAAAAUAUAAAGAAUAAAUUACAACUUACUCCAUGACAGUAGAAAAACAGAAAUCUAAUUUUGAUGAUUUGAAGAGAAUUAAAUAAUUGGAGUAUGAAAUUGAAUCUUUAAAGAUUUAAAAUAGAGAUUUAGAAAGAUAAUUCCAGGAUAAAUCAAUUGAGUAUGAAAAAUUGCUUAAAAAAAAAUAAGAAGUAAAACUUGAAACAAUAGAAAUUUCAUCGUCAUCUGAUAAACUAAAAAUUUAAGAAUUAGAAUCCUAAAUACAAUUAUUAAAAUUGUAGUUGUAAUAAUUAAACAGUUCUAAGUAAGAAGUGAUAAGAGAGACAAUAAGAGAAACAGUGCAAGUUAGAAGUUCGGAAGACAUCAAAAUGAUUGCACAAUUAGAGGAGGAAUUAUAAUUAUGGAAAACCAAAUAUUAUGAAUUAGAUAGAAGAAAGAAUUAAGUAGUUGUUGAAACUAUCAGAGAGGUCUAAUCCCUGGAGAGUGAUAAGUAAAGAAUAUAAGAAUUAGAAUAUUAGCUUCAAACCUUAUCCUCAAAAAAAUAAGAAGUAAUUAGAGAAUAUGUAACGGAAACCAUUGAAGUUCCAUUAGAAUCAGAUAAAUUAAGAAUAAGAGAAUUGGAAACUUAAUUGAGUAAUAUUAGAAGGGAUUAUCAAUUGUUAAGUUAAAAAAAAUAGGAGGUUAUUAAGGAAACAGUCACAGUUGAAGUUCCAAAUUAAGCAGACAGAUACAGAAUCUAGCAAUUAGAAUCUCAAUUAUUAUAAGUAAGAUAAGAAUUGUAAGUUGUAAGUCUCAAAAAGUAAGAAGUAUAAAAAGAAAUAGUGACAGAAAGGAUUGAAGUUCCUAUGGAAUAGGACAGAUUGAAGAUUAAUCAGUUAUAAGAGCAAUUGACAAGAUUACAAAGAGAUUAUUAGAUAUUGAAUCAAAAGAAAUAAGAGGUAAUAAAAGAAACAAUAACUGUAGAGGUUUCUUCUUAAGCUGAUAAAUUGAAAAUUUAGUAACUAGAAUCCUAAUUGUCUGAAUUAAAUACUCAGCUUUAAAUAAUAACAUAAAAAAAAUAGGAAGUGAUACGAGAAAUAAUUACAGAAAGAGUUGAAGUAUCUUCAGAAGCUGAUAAAUUUAGAAUUAGACAACUUGAAUAAUAGAUAGAAAGUUUAAAUAGGAAUUAUGAAACAUUGAACAAAAAGAAGUAAGAGGUAAUAAUAGAGAGAAUUACAGUUGAAGUUCCUAGUUAGGCUGAUAAAUUGAAGAUCCAAUAGCUUGAAAUAUUAGUUACCUAAUUAAGAUAAGAACUGUAGAUCUUGAGUUCAAGGAAAUAGGAAGUUAUUAAAGAGGUUGUAACAGAAAGAGUUGAGGUACCUUUAUAAGUAGAUAAAUUAAGAAUUUAACAAUUAGAGUAACAAUUGGAUAGUGUUAAACUAGAAUUAUAAAUUGUAUCACAGAAAAAAUAAGAAAUUAUAAGAGAGGUAGUGACUGAAAGAGUGGAAGUUAGUAGGGAGUCUGACAGAAAAAGAAUCUUGGAAUUAGAAUCGGAUUUAUAUAAAUUGUAAUAAGACUUUAUAAAUUUGAAUAAAAUCAAAUCUGAAGUGGUAAAAGAGACUGUUACAGUUGAGGUACCAUCAUAAGUGGACAAAUUUAGAAUUUAAUAAUUAGAAACUUAAUUGUCAUAAGUUCGAAGCGAGUUGCAGAUUGUAUCAACAAAAAAGUAGGAUGUCAUUAGAGAGACAGUAACAGAAAGAAUAGAAGUAUCCUCAGAGUAGGAUAAAAUGAGAAUUAGAUAAUUAGAAUAAUAAUUAAAUUAAUUGUAAUAAGACUAUUUCACAUUGAAUUAGAAAAAAUAGGAGAAAAUAAAAGAAACUAUCACUGUUGAAGUGCCAUCUGAGACUGAUAAAUAUAGAAUAAGAUAACUUGAAUCCUAAUUGUCAUCCUUAAAAGAAGAUUAUAAAGGCAUUCAAAUUGAAAAUCAGAAUUUGAAAAUUCAAAACAAAAGUCUUUAAACUACAAAUUAUGAAUACUAAGAUCAAGUGAGAAUAUUUUAGUCAAAAUUGGAUGAAAACUCAAAGUAGAGAUCUAUUGUUAUUUAAUUUGAGAGGAAGGAACAAGAAUUGUUAGAAUAGAUUUAGAGUUUAGAGAUUUAGAAAGUUAGAGAAAUAAAGGAAUUAAAAAAUUAGAUUGAAUUUAUGUAAAAGGAGAAUUAAAAAAUAAAUGAUAUGAUGAGAAUUAAAGUUGAGGAGAGUGAAUAGUGGAAAAGAAAAUAUUAAACAGUUUAAAGUGAAAUGUCAUCAAAUUCAAGUGAAGCAGAAUCUUUGAGAAUGUAAUUGAAAUCCUUGGAGUAAAGUAGGGAAACAAUUAAGUUAGAAUUAGAUAAAGUAAAUAAAAUGUACUUCUAAAGUUAAAAUGAAUAUACUUAAUAUAAGUCAAAAUGCAAUGAGCUUGAAUUAAGAAUUAAAUAGAUCAGUAGAGAGAAUCAGGAAUAUUAGGAGCGAUAUCAAUAAAUUGACUUUGAAAAAAUUAGCAGGUUGGAAUAAGAAAACAGAAGAAAAAUAGAUACUAUAUAACAAUUAGAAGCUUAAUUGAGAAAUCAAGUUUCCAUCAAAGAUCUCUAAAUUUAAAUAUCUAAUAAAGAUAAAUAGAUCUUUUAGUUAUAAGAAAGCAUUUCAGAAUUGCAAGCUACUAUUCGAACUCUGAGAUUAGAAAAUUAGUCUAUAUCUGAAUAAACAAAUAAAUAACAAGUUAUUGUUAGAGAAACAUAAAAGUAAUUUCAUUUAUAUUGAUUGAUAGCAAUUAAAAGAUAGUGGAGCUAGAGACAAGAAUAUAGGGUUUAAAUCAAGAAAUCUAGAGGCAGAUUCAAAUGAAGGAUUAGAUUUAAAUAAAGCAUGAUAAAUUGAUUGAGAGAGUAAGAUUUGAUUAAUAUUAAGGCCACUGAGUACGAAUCAGAAAUUAAUAUUCUUAGAAAUGAGUUACAAAAAAAAAGAUUUAGUUCAACGAAUAACGGACCUAUUGUUUCUAAAACAUUUGAAAUUCAUAAAAUAGGAGAAGUAGUAAAUAAUGGGACAGGAUUAGUUUCAGGAUUUAAUUUAGAAGAUACUAGGAAAAUAAAAUCAAUAGUGAGCACCCAAUAAUAUAAGUCUGAUAUAUCAAAUUCAGCAUCUGCCGUUAAGGAAUCUUAGUAAUCAAUGAAAUCAAAUUCGUAGGUCUAACCAUUUAAUCCUUUAAGAAGUGAUGUAUCUAUAUUUUAUUUAUAUAGUUGAUUAAAUCAAAGGCAUAAUUGAAUAGAAUGGACGAAAAAUCUUAUCAAUGA